AUGGCUUCAGCAUUCAAGAACGCGCAGUCUCUGCAAGAAACUAUACAAGACUUGGACGUACGAGCAAGGUCGGCUGCUAGUACUGUGGGAAUGAAGGAAUUUGUUGCUUCGGUAGAUGGGAUAUUGAUCUCUGUCCUUCAGAAGGCCCGCGCUUUCCAGGAUGUGUUCAUCGAGUUCCAUGGCAUUUUCGCCUGGAAAGCUCUUGUAGCAUUCAAGGCCGCUGCAAAAAAUGGCACUCUAGGGCACCCAGAGUUUGAAAAGAAGAUCCAGAAGCUGCUCCAAAAGUAUGACGAGGAUUACUCUACCUCCAAGGCCUCUACCCAGAAUGGGCGCCAAAUGUCUGCCCAGUCUGAUCAUGAAGAAGUUCAGCCUCCAUUCCUCUCUACUGCUUCAGAAUUACGUGCACCGUUCACCUCUCCCACCAGUACUCCUGCUUGUUCUCCUGCUGAACGUAGAACAGGUGCGCAUAAAUUGCCCUCUCCUCUCCCUGCUUCUGUUGGGAAACCAGAAACCACAGAUCCCGCCUCCCAGUCCGCUGAACCUGCACCUGAAGGACCCACACCCAUACCUGGAUCCGCACCCGCAGGACCCGCACCCGCAGGGCCCGUACCUGCUGCACCCGCAGGGCCCGUACCUGCUGCACCCGCAGGGCCCGUACCUGCUGCACCCGCAGCUGCAGUUUCUGUACCCGCAGCUGCAGUUUCUGCACCCGCAGGACCCACACCCGCAGGGCCCGUACCUGCUCCACCCGCAGGGCCUGCACCCACAGGACCCGCACCUGCAGGGCCCGUACCUGCUCCACCCGCAGGACCCGCACCUGCAGGGCCCGUACCUGCUUCACCCGCAGGGCCCGCACCCACAGCUGCUAUUGCUGCAUCCGCAGGACCCGCACCUGCAGCUGCAGCUGCUGUACCCGUACCCGUACCCACCCCACCCAGUGCACCCACUGCAGGUGCUGCACCUGCACCCGGUGCACCCACUGCAGGUGCUGCACCUGCACCCGGUGCACCCACUGCAGGUGCAGCACCUGCACCCGGUGCAUGCAGUGCAGGUGCAACGGGUGCGCCCAGAGGUGCAACGGGUGCACUGAGUGCAGGUUCCACCGGUGCACCCACUGCAUCUGCUGAACCUGCACCCACCGCACCCGCUCCACCUGUUGCAUCUGCACUGCGUGCACCAGUUGGAGGUGCACCAAAUGCAGUGGCACCUACUCCCCGCUCGUCCACUGCCUCCACCGCUCACUCGUCGACUGCACCCACCGCCCGCUCGUCUGCCAAACCCGCCUCCCGCUCGUCUACUGCACCCACCGCCCGCUCGUCUGCCAAAUCCACCACCCGCUCAUCUGCCAAACCAGCCGCCCGCUCAUCUACUGUAUCCGCCGCCCGCUUGUCUGCAAAACCCGCCGCUGCACCUGCAUCCCGCUCGUCCACUGACUCCGCCGCCCGCUCAUCCACUGCAUCCGCCGCCCGCUUGUCUGCUAUUGCUCCCUCAUUGACUGUCAAGGAGCUUCAGGCAGAACUGAACCAAAGGAUUAGGGGGCUUCCCCCCUCCCAGGAAACUCUUCACGGGCUCGACGACAUAACCACCCGCCAUACAGAACCUACUGCAUUUGAUGGUGAUGAUGCAGCGGACAAUAACAAGGAGCAGCACGGUAAUGAUAAUGAGGAGCAGCACGGGGUAACGACAAUGAAGAGCAGCAAGAGGUGCUGCAUGCGAAAUGGUGUCAAAGUUGUCACCCCAAAGGCAGAAAAGGGGACCAAGGAGGCAGGCAAAAGUAAUGCAAAGCCCGGUCAAUCGUCCAAACUUCACAAAUCUCCCCUGGAGGUGGAGAUGGUUUUGGAUUCUGAGGAUGAGAAACCAACGAAGAAGGCCAAACUAUCCACCAAAGCCGCUCAGUUGCCUGCCCCGGUCACACCCGCCUCUCCCCCAAGUACCCAACCUCCCCAACCCCCUGCUUCCUUGUCCCAUCCGGAAUCCGCUACAAACACAGAGGUUAUUGAGCUGUCCUCCAACGGCGAGGUAAAUUCCAAAGCAAGGUUGACAAAGCCGCCUCCUGUCAAGGCGGAUAUUCAAAGUUUCCCAGCUAACCUCGCUGCACACCCGCUCAUCGUGGACUUUGCCCGGCACCUUGCUGACAUGGAGGAUGCACAUCAAGCAACUCAAGAUGUUCUCGACACCAUUCAAGAAAACCAUCGCAAACUUGAACGUCGGCAACUUGAUUUGAUGCAAAAGGUCAAUUCUCACAAUCUCAUUGGUAAUGCAUACUACAACCGGGUCUCUGACAUUGAGAGGAAGCAAGCGGAUCUUGUUCAAGAGAUGCAGACAAUUGGGUGGGAUUUGGAUAUUAUUCAAGGGAGGAUAAAUAAGCUUGUGGGCAAAGGGGAAGCGGUCAGUGAAGGGGAUACCAACAGCGAUGGGAUGGUCGAGGAUGUUGACAAAGACCAAGACGCCAAUGGUGACAAUGAUGAACAUAGCGACCGUCAAAACGGUCAUAGUAGAACUGCGCCACCCAAUUCUUUGGAGAGGACCCAUCGCUCAGAUGACGAGGAGGAUAUGGAAAUUGAUUCCGAUUCUGAUUCCGAUGCCCCCACUUCAAAGUAA